AAAAAGAAGAGCAUAACAAUGAAUAAAAUUCAAAUCACUUCCUGGAAUAAUACCGAUGACCUACUCAAUAAAUCAUGGAGUAUGAGGAAUGAAAACCAUCUCAUUAAUACAGCAGAAACAGUUAUUCUUCCAUCUUUUAUUGGAAUUAUCUGCUCCACUGGAUUAGUUGGAAAUAUCCUAGUGUUGGUCACUAUUAUAAGAUCUAGAAAAAAAACAAUACCUGAUAUCUAUAUAUGUAAUCUGGCAGUGGCAGAUCUUGUCCACAUUAUUGGAAUGCCAUUUCUAAUCCAUCAGUGGGCUCGAGGAGGCGAGUGGGUGUUCGGAAGUCCUCUUUGUACUAUAAUUACAUCCUUGGAUACAUGCAACCAGUUUGCAUGCACAGCCAUUAUGACAGCCAUGAGCCUGGACAGGUACAUGGCUCUUGUACAGCCAUUUCGUCUAACAAGCUUGAGGACAAUAUCAAAGACUAUCCGUGUAAAUAUCCUUCUAUGGGCAGCAUCUUUUGUUGUUGUGUUCCCUGUCUGGGUCUAUUCAAAGGUCAUUCAGUUCAAGGACGGGUUGGAAAGUUGUGCAUUUGAUCUAACAACACCUAAUGAUGUUCUCUGGUAUACGCUGUAUUUAACUAUCACAACAUUCUUCUUUCCUUUACCACUAAUAGUGGCUUGCUACAUUUUAAUUCUGUGUUACACAUGGGAGAUGUACCAUCAGAAUAAAACUGCUGGAUGUUACAACAACAGCUUACCAAGGCAAAGAGUGCUACGACUGACCAAGAUGGUUCUCGUGUUGGUAGGAGUAUUCAUUGUCAGUGCAGCCCCCUACCAUGUUAUACAGAUCAUAAACCUUCAGAUUUCUAAACCAACAUUAUUUUUUUAUGUGAGCUAUUACUGCUCUAUCUGCCUCAGCUAUGCCAGUAGUGGUAUUAAUCCUUUUCUU